AUGAAGCUGCUCCUCGUUGCUUUGAUGAUGACCCUUCUGGGGUGCGCUGGACGGGCCCAAAAACCUCAAGGGAACGGUAUUGCAGGAGUGCAACGAGCCGGCCAAAAGGCGAGCAACUCCAAACAUGUGGAGGCCGGACAUUCUCCUCCAGCUCAGAAGGUCCUGAAGGAAACUUCUAGCAGGCAGAGGAAAGCUGUGGUGCCAGCCAUUGAAAGUCCUUUAGUUGCAGCACAAGGAAGCCAGUCAGAUGUGCUGCAUAAUUAUCUUCCAGGAAGAGGACAGUGCCUGGUGAAUGGGAUGAUCAUGUAUGAAGGAGCAGCCUGGUCUCCUCGCCAAUGUACCAUAUGCAUUUGUACGCAAGGGAAGCAGGUAUGUGAACCAGUUGACUGCGAGGAUGUAACGUGCCCCUCUGGAAGGUUGCAGAUACCCCCAGGCGGAUGCUGCCCCGUCUGCAUGAAGCCAGAAACCACAAAGCCCACACUUGUUGUGAUCACCUCAAAGGCCAUCCCAGGAAAAGCAACAGAACAAAGAAAGGAUACAAAGACGACAAAGGCCAAAGAUCCUAUCGCACCAGUUGUAGGACCUAAUACCACAAGACACAACAGCUCUACCACUGUAAAGCCACAAAAAUUGAAGAAAACAACUGCAGCAAAUGAUCUAGAAGACGUCACUAAGGCCAAACCUGUCACAAAGAAGAAGGAACUGGAUCCUGAGAAACAAGAGACAAGCCUCCAAAAGACAGGGGCCACCAUACCAAAACCAAAGAAGAAGUCUAUCGGAGAGAAAGGGUUGGACAUUGAGCCGGUGAAGAACACAGAACAAGAACAACCAAAAGAAGGUAUGGCCAAUGCAAGAGGGGUCAACAAGACUUGUUGGCAGCGGGCCCGGACCUCAGCAGUGGACAACCAGUCUUCACUUCCGGGAAAAGGCGUUGCGGAGAGUCAGGUGGCGGCAGAUUCAGAGAAGAAAAAGCACAAAGCGGUAAGCAGUGGAACGGCACAACCCGCAGGCACGCAGAAGCCAAAGAUUCUCCAAGAGGAUAAAACUAAGAAGCCGGUGGAAGCCAACCCAUUGCCUUCUCUGCCGACUGUUCUAAGUGUAACUCCACCCACCCCGCAUCACAUCCCUUCCCUCCCUAGCGGCUGCCUCCUCUCCGAAUUUACCAUCGCCUGCGGGAACACAAAGAUGACCUACCUCCCACUCAUGACUGACCUAGGACUGAAGACACUCUACUUAGCUGAGAAUGAAAUCUCCAAGCUUCCGGCUAGAGGCUUUGCGGGUCUACCUAACUUAGAGUGGCUGGAUCUGAGCAAGAACAAACUUGAUGACUCCGGCUUGGCCUUUGAUGUCUUCAAAAAUCUAACCAUGUUAAAGCGGCUGAACUUGGACGGUAACCGCCUGUCGGUCCUCCCCCUCCUCCCCUCAUCUCUCCUGGAACUGAAAGUCAACGAUAAUAAUCUCCGAGAACUAAACAGACACAGCUUCCGGGGCCUCAGCAAUUUGCUCAAUCUUGAGUUGGAAGGCAAUGGCUUUCACGAUGGCAAUGUCUCCCCUCUUUCUUUCAAGCCCCUAAAGAAGCUCAUUUACCUGCGUCUAAACCGCAAUCAGUUUCGGGCUGUAACUUCGGGACUUCCAUCUACUCUGCAGGAGCUGCAUUUGGAGAAUAAUCGCAUUGAGGCGGUGCAUGAAGGAAUUCUCAAUAAAACCCUUAAUUUGAGUAUUAUUGCCCUGAGUAACAACAGACUAAUGGAAGAUGGCAUUGCUCCUCGAGCUUGGAUCCACCUGAUGAAUGUGGAGUCCCUUGAUUUGUCUCACAACCGAUUAGUACACGUGCCAUCCUUUUUACCCCGGGGAUUAAAGCAGCUUAUAUUGCAUCACAACCACAUUGAGCUCAUUCCGGGAUAUGUAUUCGCUCACAUGAAACCAGGACUGGAGUUCCUUCAUCUUUCCCACAACCACCUAAGAGAUGACGGCAUCCAUGCAGUGUCUUUCUUCGGCCUGUACAAGUCUCUCACUGAACUUCUGCUGGACAAUAACUACCUGCAGACCAUACCACGUGGCAUUCUGAACCUAAAAUCUUUGCAGGCCCUUCGUCUUAGCUUCAAUAAAAUCAGGUAUGUGCCACUGAACUCCAUCUGCGAUACCAGAAUAUCUGAAGAUUCCAGCCUUGUGUCUGUACAUCUGGAGAACAAUUACAUCAAUCGGCGCCACAUACCUCCCACUGCAUUCUCCUGCAUCAAGACCUAUUACAGCAUCGUCCUAAGGCCCCAAAUUGAUGAGUACGAGGACUAUUAA